ACUGUUCGCUAUUCGCGAAAUGAACGCAUUGGGACGCUCAGAUAUACAAUUUUCUUUAAAAACUGGCGUGGACAGAAUUGUUAAAUUGCGAUUCGGUAGUCAGCUAAAUUGUGUACGUUUCCAUAACUUCAAAUUUCGUGAUAAUUCAGUGUAUAACAGUGAUUGUAAUAGGUGUCGAACAAAGAAAAUCGUAGUGCGUUGAAGUCAAGUCGUUGAAACAUGGUGCCGCUAGGACCCGGGCCGGGGCAUCCAGCUGCACAUCAGGCCCACGGAGGCCCCUCUGCUAAUCUUUCCGGUCCUAAUUCGCUCUCGCAGAGCGCUCCACAGUCCAAUAAGUCAUCGGUAGCAAAGCCGAACUACACGCUCAAAUUUACUCUCGCUGGACACACGAAGGCGGUGUCUUCCGUUAAAUUCAGCCCAAAUGGCGAAUGGUUAGCCAGUUCUUCUGCCGAUAAAGUAAUUAAAGUGUGGGGUGCUUACGAUGGCAAGUUUGAGAAGACCAUUUCUGGCCACAAGAUGGGCAUCAGUGAUGUGGCGUGGUCCUCGGACAGCCGGCUCAUUGUCAGUGCAAGUGAUGACAAAACUCUGAAGGUGUGGGAGUUAAGCUCAGGCAAGUGCCUGAAAACCCUGAAAGGCCACAGCAACUACGUGUUCUGCUGUAACUUCAACCCUCAGAGCAAUCUCAUUGUGUCCGGCAGCUUCGACGAGAGCGUUCGGAUAUGGGACGUAAGGACGGGUAAAUGCUUGAAGACGCUCCCAGCUCACUCGGACCCCGUCUCAGCAGUGCAUUUCAACAGGGACGGCAGUCUGAUCGUCUCCUCCAGCUACGACGGGCUAUGUCGGAUCUGGGACACCGCUUCUGGCCAGUGCCUCAAGACCCUGAUCGAUGACGACAACCCUCCGGUGUCGUUCGUCAAGUUCUCACCCAACGGGAAGUACAUUCUGGCCGCGACUCUCGACAACACGCUCAAACUGUGGGACUACAGCCGGGGCAAGUGUCUCAAGACCUACACCGGACACAAGAACGAGAAGUACUGCAUCUUUGCCAACUUCAGCGUUACUGGUGGAAAGUGGAUAGUAUCGGGCUCAGAGGACAACCUAGUAUACAUCUGGAACCUGCAGUCCAAGGAGAUCGUGCAGCGGCUCUCCGGGCACACGGACACGGUCCUCUGCACCACCUGCCACCCGACUGAGAACAUCAUCGCCUCCGCCGCGCUUGAGAACGACAAGACCAUCAAGUUGUGGAAGAGUGAUACUUAGAUGUUUCCAGUACAGGCCAAAUCGUCAUUCAGCAGACAGCAGUCUGCAGCCGCGGCGUCGUGUGAUGAUCAGAGCCGCGGACUUGUGAAUAAAUUACAUAAUAAGAUACCGAAUGUUUGAGAGUACCUUUUACGUUACGCCGUAUUUCGUUUUAGAUUCUAAGCAAUCACAGUUGAUAUGUGCAUUUUCGAUCAUACUAAGAUUAUUAUUAUACAUAUUUUUUUACAUCUGAAAUGCAUGUGUAUGAAUUGUUUAAGUGAUUAUUUAAAAUUAAGGAUUGAGUUUUUAUAGGAUUCCGCUUAAGAAUAACUUGUUAGAUGCGAUUAAAAUUAAUUCUAGUUUUACGAAA